AUGACUCAAUCAGAUCUAAAUCAACUGGACUCUGUUAGUCCCCAAUUAUCAUCAUUUGCUACCGACCCAACAGAUCAAGAAAAAAAAUUAACUGAAUUCAAUGAUGAUAAUAAAUCAGUGACAUCUAAAGAUGAAGAUACCAAAAUGUCAAGAAACUUCUCGACAUUACAAAUUGUUACUAUUGGAUUUGGUCUUACAAAUUCAUGGUUGGGUAUUCUGUCAACACUUAUAUUGUCUAUAUCUUCCCUUGGUCCCUUACUUGUUGUCUAUGGUAUUUUGAUUGUUGCUAGUGUAUCUGUUUGUAUUGCUGUUACUCUUGGAGAAAUGGCCCUGGCUAUGCCAUCAGCUGGUGGUCAAUAUGUCUGGGCUAGAGUAUUGGCACCAAAAAAAUAUUCAUCAUUUUUAGCUUAUAUAACUGGUUCUAUAUCAUGGGGUGGUGCUAUUUUCACCACGGCAUCAAUGAAUCUUGCUGUUGCUUAUCAAGUUUUGGGAUUUUGGAAUAUGACUCAUCCAGAUCAUGUCAAUCAAAAAUGGGAAGUAUUUAUUAUUUAUAAUAUUCUUAAUUGGAUUUUAUUUUUUUUCAAUAUUUGGCAUCGAUUUUUACCAAUGAUUGGUGAUAGUGUUUUCGGGAUUUCUUUAACUUCAUAUUGUAUUAUUCUUAUUACAGUUUUAGUUUGUGCUAGAGGUCAUUAUCAAGAUGCUAAAUUCGUUUUCGUUCAUGCAGUAAAUAACACUGGUUGGCCAUCAAAAGGGAUUGCAUUUAUUGUUGGAUUAGUUAAUCCGGCUUGGGCAUUCUCAUGUUUAGAUAGUGUCACUCAUUUAAGUGAAGAAACUGCUCAUCCGGAACGUGAUGUACCAAGAGCUGUUUUAUCAACUGUGGGGAUUGGAUUUGUCACUUCAUUUACUUUUUCUAUUGCCAUGUUUUUCUGCAUUAGAAAUUUAGAAGAAAUCAUGAAUUCAGCAACUGGUUUCCCCAUGUUGGACAUUUUUUAUCAAGCUUUAGGUUCUACAAAAGUCGGGGCCAUUUGUUUGGGUUCAUUAAUUACUUUGGUUGCUACUGGUUGUACUUUAUCUUGUAUCAUUUAUCAACUGAGACUUCUUUUUUCAUUCCUGCGUGAUAAUGGUAUGCCACUCUCCAAAUAUUUAUCAAUCAUUGAUCCUAAAACUGGUGGUCCAUUUUACGCUCAUUUAUUUUCUACUGUGAUUGUAUCUGUGGUAUCAGUAUUGGUAUUUUCUGAUGCUGCUCUUCAAGCUACGGCCUUAGCGUGUGUUUCAUUCCUUCUUAUUGCUUAUCUGAUUCCAACAAUUUGUUUACUUGCCAGAAGGCGUCAAAUUCGUCAUGGUCCAUUUUGGUUAGGGAAAAUUGGUGUGUUUUGUAAUUUUGUUCUUUUGGCUUGGUGUAUAUUUGCCGUGGUAUUUUUCAGUUUCCCAGCUAAUUACCCAGUUACCGCUGAAGGAAUGAAUUAUUUCUGUGUUGUUUUAGUGGUAUACAUUAUUUGUAUGCUUGGAUAUUGGUGGUUCCCAAUUAAAAAAUAUGCUUGUAAAUAUAAUUUCAGAGGAGGUAAUUUGAAUCAAGAAGAAGUUGAAUUCCCAGAUGUUUGCUUAACUAAAUGGUAA